UAUAUAGAAGUUGUAAUACCAGACCUCGCGAGUGGAUAUAAGUUGUAAAAUUUAUAUAAGUUGUAUAAUUUAAUUUCGUACAAUAAUGAAGAUUGUGAUUUUGUUUAUUGUAAUUUUGCAUAGCAGCUAUGCCGUGAUUUACAGAUUAAACGUAACGGAAUUCAAUCGUAUGCCGUCACAAUUUCGUUUGGAUGAUUAUGAUAAAUGUUUAAACGAGCCUGAUGGUUUUUAUUGUGCUGUGGAAUUCUCUUUAGUGUCAGAUGCCCCAAGCGACCUUCUUACGAUGAUUCAGGAAUAUUCAGAAAACAGUGAUCGCCAUUUCAACCAUACAAAACCUUAUUACGGAAUAUGCUUAACGCAGUCAUGUCGGGAAUAUAUAAAAGAUAAAGCAUUGGGCACAAAAGAUAGCCUUGAGGGAUGCCUGAACGAGUCUUUAUGGAACGAAUACAAACUUAAAGCCAAAGUAUUUGAUAACUUUCAAUGUACGAAAUCCAACGAAGAAAUGGUAAUUGAUGGUGGAGAUAUAGCAGUUGUUGUACUGGUUUUAUUUAUAAUAAUGAUCAACAUAAUAGCAAGCUUUUACGAUAUUCUAUAUGUAAGGCGUAACGUAAAAAAUGCUCAUAAAUAUUUCAUAAAUUUUUCGCUAUCAAGAAAUUGCUCAAAACUCUUCAAUGUCCGCGCCAGAUCAGAUCCUCGCCAGAACCGAUUGCGAUGUCUGGAUGCAUUGAAAACGUUAACAAUAUCGCUGGUUAUUGUUGGACAUUCAAUAUUACCAUUGGUGAUAUUUUGUCAGAAUGUAUACUUUUUGGAAUUGAGUCAUGACAAUGUGGUUUAUCAAUUUAUAUACAACGGCACAAUUAUUGUUCAAAUAUUUUUCGUAAUUUCGGGAUUAUUACUUUCAUACAAUCUGCAAAUCGCGUCUGAGACUAAAACAUUGAAUUGGCUUGAAAUACCGAAACGAUUUGGUAUACGAUGGUUGAGAUUGACGCCGCCGUACGUAGUAGUUUUAGCAUUUACCUCUACAUGGCUCAGAUACGCUGGAUCGGGUCCAUUUUGGAAGAGAGUAGUGAAUGACGCUGUGAACGACUGCCGGCAAUCAUGGUGGUCCCAUCUCAUUUACGUAAACAAUUAUUAUAACAAUGGCCAGUGUAUGCCGCACGUCUGGUAUUUGGCAGCAGAUCUGCAAUUGCAUUUAGUCGGAUUGAUCGUCUUUGUGUUGUGUAAAGGACUUAUCAGGAGAAUUGCUCUGAUUAGUUUGUUCGUGAUUGGAGUUAUAGCGCCAGCUUUUCACACUUACUUCCAAGAUCUGAAUGGAACAUUAGUUCUGACUUUUGAAGCAGUUAGAACCAUGUUCGUCACUGAUCCAACAUUUGUGAAUGUGUACAAGCCAGCGCAUACUAACGUGCCUGGUUUCAUCGUCGGCCUCAGCCUCGGUUUUAUUAUCUAUUACUUACAAAAUAGCAACUUUGAUAUUAAAAAGUAUAAGAGGUACCUCCUCGUGUACUACGCAACUGUGCCAGCGGCUCUUGCCGUCACUCUGGCAGGCAUGGCCGCCUACGGUGACGGUCCACGUCUCUCUAUAUACAUACGAGUUCUGUUCUCUGUACUGCUGAAGCCUUUAUUUGGGAUAUGUUUCGCGGUACUAAUAUUUGGAUGCGUGUUCCGAUUUGAGGACACUAUUCGUGGAUUCUUGGAGGCACGCGCUUGGACGGUAUUAUGCAGAAUUUCCUAUUGCGCUUACCUCUGUCACGAGGUCUUUUUUAGAUCGAUAGCUGGUUCCAGUGUCAUGAUACGCACCAACAUCAUACAUUUACUCGAUAUUACCCUCGGAAAUGUUUUCAUCUCUUUCUUAACGGCAAUCGUGCUCCACCUUUUCGUCGAGGCGCCAUUCUUGGGAAUUAUAGACACGAUGAGAGCAAGAGAGACAAGCCAUUCGAAAACAAGCAAGAGCAAUUUGAAGAACACGAAUGUUAUUGAAGCGAACACUUUGAUAUAAUAAAUAGAAUUAAAUAUUGUAUACAUUGCUUAAUGAACUUUGUAGUUUUUCAUAAGCUGAUUACGGAAAAAAGGAUUGCGUGGUUUCAUGAAAAUACGGUAAAGUGAAACUUUUUUUACAUUAUAGAUAUUUAACUGAUGGUCAGCUGAUGGGACUAUAGACGCCGCCAUAUUGGCCUCGGCUGCUCUGACGAGCGCCUUUCCCUUUAUCCCUACUCCGCGGCCGACCGUCACGCGACAUGCGAUACACUGACCAAAAAAAAUGAGACGAUGUAAUAAAAGUUUCACUUUAAAUACAAAAUCUCUAACGCAUUUUUUUCAAUCAGAUGAAUUCUUGAAGAUGUAUGUACAUUCCUGAGUGAUAACUGGUCCAUCUUUUCCGCUAUAGAUUAAGUUUUCAUACAAAAUGCCUGCAUCAAUGGAUCGGUAUAUGUCAGCUGCGCAAAUAUAACAAUGCAAAGUUAAGUCUAUGAACAUUUUUAACAUCUAUUUUGUUGUCUAUUUAGUAUUUACAUAAUUAGCGCCUGUAAAUCUUUGUCUGUUUCAUUGAAUAUAGUGUCACAUGCGUAUGUACCGCAUACAGGACCCCCUGAGGUCUAAUAUCUACUAAUAAUAUAAACGGAGUUAUCUACGAUCUGUGAUACUAUAAUGUAUGAUGGAUAAAACGAAUGGUGUUAAAUGUAAUGGGCAAGCAUUUAGCAAUAUUUGCAAUAGUUAUGUAUGGUUUAUGACAUAGUAAUUGGGCUUUAAAUUUCAUAUGACAUAUUAUAGAUGACUUAGGUAUUGUUAGUUGUAUAAUUUACUAGCUAGAUUUCACGCGCGGACGAACCCACGGGCAAGUAUUUAUAAAGAUCAUGUUUUAUUCUGAAGUAAAAACUAUAUUAUUGAAAAGUUUCAUUAAAAUCUUUUUGGUAGUUUUUAUAUGAUACAGUAACAAACAUCCAUCGAUCUAUACUUACGAACUCUCGCGUUUAUACUACUUAAGUUAGCGUUUAUUUUUUAAAAUUAUAUCAUGGAUAGAGAAACCAA